AUGGUCUGUACUGAGUUUUCCGGUCAUAGUAAUCUCGCAGCGGCUUACACAAAGGCGUUUGUCCUCCAUAAUAACUCGCAUAGCUACCAGGUGGUCAACUACGCUUUUGACAUUUUCUUCGCUGAUUUGACCAAGACGCUCGUGAACGGUGCGUCAAUAACAUUGGCCGAGGGGCUCAUCCCGAAUCUCCUCGAGAUGGAUGGGGUCACCAAUGCCUACAUUAUGCCAGCUUACCUCUCUUCGCUGUCUUCAUCAGACAUUGAGCGAUUAGCUUUCUUGGAAUCGAUUCACUUCGGCGGUGAGGCGAUCCAGCCAUCGGCUCUUCGACUACUACUUCAAAUCGCUGCUUGCAUCUAUCAUGAACACGGUGUGACGGAGCAGACUGUAUUCACAACAUGUAAUCGAAUGCAUGUAUACAGCCCUAUUCCCGAGAUUGGUGCGCCCUACCGUAACCUACAUCACUUUCUCAGGGAUGAGGAUGGACAACUGCUUCCAGAGAAGUACCAGGGCAUAUACCAUGUAAAUGGGUGCGGACUGUUCAGAGGAUACUACGGCAACCAAAAACUCACUGCCGAUGCGCUAAGGCAAGGAAUUCUCGGAAAAGAAAUGCGAACCGGAGACGUUGUCAGAUGUGAGCACGAUCGCUUUCAUUUCCAAGGACGAAAUGAACUGCAAAUACAACACGAGAUUUGUUCGCAUGACGAGGUGGACGCGUGUACGAUCGCUGUUCACGAAGAGAACGGCACAAGAGAGCUUGUCGCUUACGUUAUCACCAGCAGUGACUGUUGGUCCGCAGACGCGUUGGUGCAAUCCCUGAGCGAGCGACUGCCCAGUUAUUGCAUUCCCAAGCACUUUGUACCACUAAAGAGCUUCCCACUGAAUCAGAACGGAAAGAUUGACAAAAAGCUGCUGCCGAAACCACUGCGUCAAUGCUCUGUCCUGAAUCCACGCUCACCCGAAGGAGAUCUUGAAAAAGCAGUUGUUGAUUCGUUCAAGAAGUACACCAAAAGGGAUUUCAUGAUUGACGAAUGCUUUUUUGAUUUCGGCGGUGAUUCCGUUAAG